AUGGGGUACCUGUGUGACGGGCGAAUCCAGGACUCGCACAGUAAUCAAAUUAGCUCCGACGCGCCUUCCCUGGGCGCAUCACCAAGUGGGCAGUCGCGCCCCCGUCAACGCUAUCCUGAGGGUUUCACUUGCACUUCUGCCGCCUCUCCUCCCCUCCCACUGCCGCCCCAUUGCCUGCGCCUGCCCACUGCCUCUGCCUUGGACCAUGAAGUGCUAGGCUGCCCGCUAUCGCAAUUCCGCUUCUGCUCCAUUGCAUCCGCCGUUGGCUGCGAUUCCUGCCCUGCCGCCCAUUGGCUUGAGUGUGCCAGAGCCUCGACAGCGCGCAUCGCCCAGGCCCGCCGCCCGCCCACGCUCACGCCCUCGACCGCUGUGCCCUACCUGCCACUCCCACUGCCCCCGACGCCCACCAUCUACCUAGGACCCACUGCCGCCGUCGCCAUCACUGUCACCAUCCUCACCAUCGUCGCCAUCUUCACCUCCGCCGACGCGCAAUUCUUCUGCGCCGCCCGCGUCAAGGCUGCCGCUGCCGCGUCCUCUGUCGCAGCCACACCCGCCGCACCACCGUGA